AAUACUGCAACUGAAAGCAGGAUCUGCCCUGGCUGAAGGAUCAUGAGGCUCUUAGUUCUGGUGCUUCCUUUACUAUGUGGCCAUUCCAUGUCCCAGUCACCGAGCGGCAGCUCAGGGGGCCCAACAGCCAGUGAGCCCCAAACAACCACGAAACCCUGGGUCACGGAGCAGAGUGCCAAAGGGACAGUGUGCAAAGGAAUUGCUGAAAACACAAGAAAUGGAACUUCUGGAGAAAAAGUCUGUGGGUGGCCUUCAAAUCCAGCAACAAUCGUGCAGCGGAUCCUGGGCGGCAAGCUGGCAGAGGAAGGGAGCUUCCCUUGGCAUGUGCUGGUAGUGCCCAGGGGCCGGGGAAGGGCUGGAGGCACCCUCAUCGGCGGGGGCUGGGUGCUGACGGCUGCCCAUGUCUUCUACCCGAAAGGUGCCCGCCGGAUAGACCUGUCCCAUCAAAUCAACACCACCCAGGUCCGGACGUGCCAAGCAGGGAGAAGCACCAACCUGCGGGCAUUGCUGGCAGGGGAGAGCCGGGAAAUUGAGGAGAUCGUGGUGCACCCAGGGUUCGCGGAGAGGCUGCACGAUUUCGACAACGACAUCGCCCUGGUUAAGCUGAGGAAGAGCGGGGGUGAGGAGGAGGAGACGGCCAUGCCUGCCUGUUUGCCCGCCCUGCGCGGGGCUGGGGGACACGAGGAGAGCAACCUCCUCCGGCCUGGGAGCGUGGGCUUCGUGGCCGGCUGGGGGAUUGAGGAGGGCUUCUUCAUCCGCGACUGGCUACGCUACGUACCACUGCCGUUGGUCAGCCAGCACCACUGCAGGCAGGCUUUCCGCGAGGCACGGAUCGGGGGUUCACGCCCGCCAAUCACCGACAAUAUGUUCUGUGCUGGCUUGCCAGAGGGCGGGAGGGAUGCGUGCGGUGGGGACACAGGUGGGGGCUUCCUAGUCCCUCACCAGCAUUCAGGAGCCUGGUACCUGAUGGGCAUUGUCUCCUGGGGGACUGGGUGCGCGCGGCCAGGACGGUACGGGGUGUACACUCGCGUGUCCAGCUACCUCCGCUGGAUUCGCUCUGUCAUUGCCGCACGUUCCUAGAAUGCAGCUUCCACUAAAUAUCCACCAUCUAUGGGUAUUUGGGGACUGGGUUGGGGGGGUGGUCUUGGGGAGGGUGCU